CAGACUCCUCAGAUAUUUCCUACUGUGUUUUUCUAAAUCGAGCUGCUUGACCUGAACGAUCACCGCGCUUUGGAUUAAUCAAAACAAUGAGCAAAAUGCUACUUUUACCGGUUUAAUCACGGGAGCAUGAUGAAAUAAAUGCAACAGGGUGAUCUUGAAGUUGAAACUCCGGUGAAGUUUAUGAAUAUAAUGGGAUUUACGAACAUCAAGUUAAUUCAUUAGCUAAUCACUGCUGUUCAAACUUUAUUUCCUGAGGUGAAGGAGAUAACUCAGCUCUUUAACAGAAGAUGUUAUAAUGGGGUUUUCUCUUUAUAUCCUGCUCUUUUUACUUCACUGCAAUGAGGGAAUUCAUGGGCUACAGUUCACCAAAAACCCUUCCAACCAAACGGUGACUCAGGGUAACAUGGUCCGUCUGGGCUGUGCUUUUGAGGGUUUGAGUGAACCAGAGAUCAUCUGGAUGAAGGAUGGAGAGAAGAUCUACAGCACUGACCAGAUGUACAUCACACUAGAUGCACAUCACUGGGAGACCUUUUACAGUGUUAAAUCCGUGCAGCAACAAGAUGCCGGGAAGUACUGGUGUGAGGUUGAAUAUCAGGGCAGGAUCAUUUCCUCAGAGCCUGCUUGGAUUACAGUAGAAGGUGUGCCUCAUUUUGUGGUGGAACAGGAGGAUGUGGCUGCAUUUGCAGGGGAGCCGUUCAACCUGACGUGUGCUGCAUCGGGUCCUCCAGAGCCUGUGGAGGUGCUGUGGUGGCUGGGAGGGGAACAGAAGGGUGAUUUCACGCCCUCCCCCUCAGUUCUUUCUGUUAAAGGUGUGAAUGACAGUAUAAAGUUUUACUGUGAGGCUAAGAAUGCUCGAGGUAUCUCCGUGUCACGUACAGGCACAGUGCACAUUAAAGUCUCCCCUGAUUCUCCCCGAGAUGUCAAGGUACAUCAUGUGUCUGAUCUUAAUAUAACUUUAACAUGGAGUCCAGGUUUCACUGGGCACUCAAAGCUUUCCAGCUGCAUUAUACAGGUGUCAAAGGGACCUGGAAAGAAGGUAAAGCUUCCUGAUGUGGAUGUGGUAGUUCCUCCCUUCCAGCAUGUGUUUGAGGGACUCAGCAGUUACUCAAAUUACAGUGUGAGAAUCCGGUGUGAUAAUGAGGUGGGCUCUUCCCCCUUCUCUCCCUGGGUGGACUUUCACACUCCAGAGGCAGCACCAUCAGCAGCUCCAAAGAACUUCACCUUUGAACUCAGCGAGCAGCAGCUCACUCUGUCCUGGGCGGCACUGGAUCAGGAGGAGCUGCGUGGAAGGCUGCUGGCUUAUAAAGUGCAGUGGAACCAGGGAGGAGAGAGUCAGGAUCCCUUACUGUUUAAGGACAACGUUGCCCGUCUCUCAGGUGCUGGGCGAUUCUUUAAUGCCACCUUCCAGGUUGCCGCGUGCACAAAGGCAGGAUGUGGCCCGUGGAGUCCGUCUGUUCUUGUGAUGCCCGUGUCAGCCAUGCAGGCUCAGACCCUGAGGGGCCAUAUGUGGGUGGGACUGCUUUUCAGCCUUCUUGUGGCCACCAUGGUGGGACUCCUGUUGAUUGUACUGGUCCGCAACAGAGACAAAGAGACCCAGUUUGGGUCUGCAUUUGCAGCUUCAGGGACAGAUGUACCAGUUUCCUUUACAGCUGCCAGGUCCUUCAACAGGCAGUUCCCUGAGCCCCCUGAAUCUACAUUGGACAGUAUAGGAAUCAACAGUGAUUUGAAGGCCAAGUUACAGGAUGUUCUCAUCUCUGAAAGGCUAUUAACUCUGGGACGCAUGCUUGGAAAAGGUGAGUUUGGUUCUGUAAGAGAAGGUUUUCUCAAAUCAGAAAAUAACUCCGGACAGAAGGUCGCUGUGAAAGUCCUAAAAACUGACAUUAACUCAUCCAGUGACAUUGAGCAAUGUCUGAAAGAAGCUGCCUAUAUGAAAGACUUCCAUCAUCCCAAUGUCAUUCAGCUUAUUGGUGUGAGUCUGCACAGGAGAGCCCAGCAGAAGCUACCUAUUCCUAUGGUGAUCCUUCCCUUCAUGAAACAUGGAGAUCUUCACACGUAUCUUCUCAUGUCACGCCUCGGAGAUGAACCUUUCUCUCUCUCUCAGCAAAUUCUUAUCCAGUUUAUGCUGGAUAUUACUCGAGGGAUGGAGUAUCUGAGCAGCAAAAAUAUCAUCCAUCGGGAUUUGGCUGCUCGCAACUGCAUGCUAAAUGAACACAGGAGCGUGUGUGUGGCAGAUUUUGGUCUUUCAAAGAAAAUCUACAGCGGUGACUACUACAGACAAGGAUCUGUCUCUAAGUUGCCUGUAAAGUGGAUCGCUUUGGAAAGCCUGGCAGAUAAUGUCUACACAACACACAGUGAUGUGUGGGCAUUUGGUGUGACCAUGUGGGAGAUCAUGACUAGAGGCCAAACACCUUAUCCCGGGGUGGAGAACUCAGAAAUAUAUGAGUAUCUUAUCAAAGGAGAAAGACUCAAACAGCCUCCAGACUGUCCUGCUGACAUUUAUGAAAUCAUGCAUAGCUGUUGGUCUCCUGUCCCAAAGUGUCGUCCUAGUUUUCAAAACCUUAUUGACCAGUUGGAGCUCUUGUGUACAAAGCUGAAUCCCCCUCCUGUAAAAGAACCACUGCUGUAUGUGAACCUGGAGGAAGAGGAUGGAGAACAGGCCUCUGGGCUGGUGGCUGAUGCCGGGACCCAUAAAAGUGAAGAGCCCUCAUGGGGGGUACCGUGGCGGUGUGCAGGUAUAGAGGAAGAUGAAAAGGACUGGCUUAUGGUGUCAUCAGGAGCAGCUCUUGCUAUUGGUGGAGACUACCGCUACAUCAUCAGCCCACAUGGUACUGGUGUUGAUGAAGAAAAUAGGCAUUCUGAUGACGGCCUGUCGGAGGAUAUCAGGGAUGAGGAAGAGGAUGUUAUCAUUAAUGUGUGAUUUUUGUUGUUAUGUUUCCCCAUGCUUACAUAAUCUAGUAGAUUGCACAACUUGACAAGACUCUUGAUAAAGAACAGUGGGUCCAUAAAAACAUUCCUUUGUUGUUUUAAUGGUGAAAUUUCCUGAAUAAUGCUUAACAGAAAGAACUGUUCUCCAUGCUAACUCUAGAGGUGUACGUGUAUGUACAAUCAGCUGCUAAAACCUUAAAUAAUCAUGAUUUUACACCUUUAUUUCAAUGGUAAUUACUUAUAAUGACUGUAGCAAAGCUAUUGUUUCAACAAAUUUGAUGCUUAGAGUCAGAACUGUGAUUUUAAAGUGUAAAAUGUGUCUUUGCUGGUACAGUGCUGGCAUUUUUUUGUGUUUUGUACGUAUGAAGUGUCAAUCACGUCCUGGGACUCACAUGAUGUGCCUUUGUUUUCAAAUAGUUUCUGCACAUUUGUUACGCUGGAUGAAGAAAUUCCUUUGGAUUUAUAAUGCAUAGUAUGACAUAAGCUCAGACUGUCAUUGUUAUAUUUGUACUUAAUGUUCCGGGUUAAAUACAAGUUUAGCUGUAUAACCUAUAUAAUAAUGGAAUUAUAUGGGAUGGUUUAUUUGUAGCAGGAAAACCCAUGAAAGAUUUGCCAUCAAUUUCACUUCUGAUUAAUAAUCUCUUAGAAAAUAAGUGACUCGUCAAACAGUUUUUAAAGAGAACAAAUGUGUUGUGUACAUAGAGUGAUUGCACUAGACCUCCGUUGUAAGCAUGUUACUUACCAUCAACAUUUUUAUUUUUAUUUUUAUUUUUUUUGGAGCAGAGUUAUUUUCUAUGGAUGUUGCAUUUAAACCCGAUUAUUCUGUUAGCCUGCAUGUGCACAGUAAAUCUUCUUUAGAGCAUUCUGAGGAUAGGAUUUCAAGGGACAACAGGUUUUAUUAUGUGCAAAUCAUUUGUGUCAUGCUGUGUAUUAAGAUUAUUCAAACAACAAGAAUUGCAGCAGAGAAUGAAAUCUGUUUUUUUUUUUUUUUUGCUAAUUGUGUUUUUGAACCUGUUAAUGAGUUGUGUGUAUGAUCUCUUCAGUGGACAUUUCUAAAAAUCAGUAGCUUUUGUGUUUUGGCUCAUUACUGUACACUGUACAACUCAGUUUUAUAGUGCUAGGUCAUGUAACAAACAUUCAUAUAUGUUGUGAAUAAAUCUGACACAUCAUUCAGUGUUAUUAACCCUA